ACUGAGACUGAGCCAGCAGCAGACCUGGUUUUCCCUUGUCCACUGUUCUUGUACCUCCAGAAAUCCCUUUGCAUGCUCCAGAAGGUUUGGGUGUCCUCACCAGGGAGCUGGGCUUUGCAGGAGUCCAACAGUCACCGCCAGGGCAAGAAGAGGUGCUGGAAAUGUAGAUUUGUCAGGACUAUAAUCCAGCACCCAUGUCGGAGGCAUGCCCCCAAACGCUCCAGGAAAGAAAGAAUGUUGAGGAAAAUCCAGAUAUGCCUCUGUUUCUGCUUUGUCUCGGGCAUUUUGUACGAGAUCUCCCUCUUGUCCAGCUGUGUCUUCUCCUACUUGCCCAUGGCCCAGCAGUACCUGACACCUGAGCAGGUGCUGAACCUUGGCAAAAGCAUCAUUUUCCUGGAGACGACGGAGCGCCUGGAGCCGCCCCCGCUGGUGUCAUGCUCCGUGGAAUCCGCUGCCCGGAUUUACCAGGACAGGCCCAUCAUCCUCUUCAUGAGGGGACUCACCAACGAGACAGCCUUGGACAUGAACACCAGCUACGCAGCCUUCUCCCUCUUGUCUUCCAUGAAGAAUGUCUUCCUUUUCCCUCUCCAGAUGGAAACCGUCUUCCAGGAGACCCCUCUGCUCCAGUGGUACAACCAGGUGGUCCCGGAGCAGGAGAAGAACUGGGUGCACGUCAGCUCAGACGCCAGCAGACUGGCGCUCAUCUGGAAGUACGGGGGCAUCUACAUGGACACGGAUGUCAUCUCCAUCCGGCCCAUCCCCCAGGAGAGCUUCCUGGCCGCGCAGAAGUCGCGCUUCUCCAGCAACGGGAUCUUCGGCUUCCCUGCCCGCCACAAGUUCAUCUGGGACUGCAUGGAGAACUUCGUUCUCAAGUACAACGGCAACAUCUGGGGCAACCAGGGCCCCUUUUUGAUGACCAGGAUGCUCAAAACACUCUGCAACCUGACAGAUUUCCAAGGCACUGAGGACCACAGCUGCCAGAACAUCUCCUUCCUCAACCCCCAGCGUUUCUACCCCAUCCCAUACCCAGCCUGGAGCCGGUACUACCAGGUGUGGGAUAAAAGCCCCAGUUUCAACCACUCCUACGCGCUGCACCUGUGGAACUUCAUGAACCGCAACCGCAAGGUCGUGGUGGCUGGCAGCAACACCCUGGCUGAGAAACUCUACAAAACCUAUUGCCCCACCACCUACGAGGACCUGAUCCAGAAUGCCAAGCGCACGGAUCUCCCAGGCCCUGAGGAGGUUGAGUGA